GACCCGCGACAAGCUGAAUAUCAAGAGACGCUAUGCUGGCACCGACGAUCACAUUAUGACUGGGCUCGUGGAGAGAUGGAACCAGCUAGUUCGUCUGUGUGCCAUGACGCUCAGGAGGACAUGCACGCUGCAGGGCUUUGAGGUCUCCGAGAUCGACCUAGUGCAGGAGGCCGCCAUGGUGUCCAACAGCAUGGUCAGCUACGCGGGCCAGACUGAAUCACAGGUCGUUCUGGGCUUCAUUCCCAGCGACUACUACGACUUGGAGGCGACCAGGUUGGACUCGGUACAGAGUGCGACCACGAGCUGCCCUGAUCCGUUCGAGGCGGCAGUGCGCCUUCGACUUCUCGCCAAGUCGGAGAUGGCCAGGGCGAUCGUGGAGGACAGGAUCGCCAGAGCGAACCGCACUCGAGUACAGCAGCAUGGACCCGAGCAGAAGAUGAAACCUGGAGACAGCGUGGACAUCUACCGAAUUCCCGAGCGGAAGGACCAGUCUGGCUGGCGCGGCCCAGCAGAGUUGGUCAAGGUCACGGAAGUUGGGUGCUCACCAGAUGUCAAGACUCUGAUCGCCAUCCAGCCUUGGAAGCUACGCAUGCUCACCUGCCAGCGGCUAUUUCAGCUCAAGAACUUGUACGGAGUCUUGUGCGGCACCUUUCUGCGGCGAGCACCGGCACUACAUGAAGUUCGACAUGGCCUCAUAGUACUCUGGGAGCGCAGCGACCCUUCCAAGCAUGUGGCCUAUGAGAUAGGUCCUAGUAAAGGCGUCGCGAUCAACAACCUGAGCGAGAUUAAGUGGGAGAACGCAUCCUUCCUUGUUUUCUAUUCACUAUCGACUCAGACGGACCCUUUUCUGGACGAACACUCGCAGCCGAACACUGAUGACCUAUAUCACAUCGAUUCUGCCCCAGAGUCGGUCAGCGAUGUCGACCGCGACGCGGCAGAAAUGAUCAGUCUGAUUCCCGACAUGGACGAUUGGAUGUCUGAUCUGGCGGCUGCGAUGCACAACAAGACAGUGAAUCACGACAAGACGAUGCUGGACCAGACGCAGGUAAUACAGCAUCCGGCGGAGGUCGACAG